AGGACAUCAAGAAGAAGAGUACUGUUUGUUUUCAUCAUAAUAAAAACUGUAAUUUAGUUGCGGUAGAUAUGUGAAUCCUUGAACCUCUGAGCGCGACUGGAUCCUCUGACAUCACAUGGUGGUAGUGGCUUUAAUAUUAGUCUCAAUUGCGUCUUUUAAAGGAUUAGUGACUUAGAAGGUUGCUGUUACACCAUGGAGAAGAUGAGUGGGUUCCCAUGAGGUGAACUUAACGGUUAUAGAAACUCCGCAACUUUACUUCUGUCUGCCGUUAUGUCUGCCGUGUUUUACAGUAUUUUAAAAUCUACGACAGGUUUGAUAAGGUUUCAGGUCAGGAGAUUUGGGUUUAACACUCCUCGUCUAAAAACAUCUAACCUCAGUAUGAUGGCUCAGAAGGCAGCGAGGCUCGAUGCUUCCUGCUCCAGGUGUCUGUCAGGUUCAACAGAGACUCGACCUGCUCCAGUAAAGAGGGUCUCCAUCGAGGGAAACAUCGCUGUUGGAAAGUCGACCUUUGCCAGACUCCUGCAGUCAUCUUGUCCAGACUGGGAGGUGAUGGCAGAGCCUGUCAGUAAGUGGCAGAACAUAGAGAGUGGGACGUCAAAGGGAACAGCUGGAGCGUCUCCACAGACGACAGUCAGCAACCUGCUACAGAUGAUGUAUGAGGACCCUCAGCGCUGGUCGUACACAUUUCAGACGUUUUCGUGUAUGACCCGGCUGAGGACACAGCUGCAGCCUCCUCCAGCCCGCCUGCUCAGCUCAGAGGGAAUGCCUGUACAGGUGUAUGAACGCUCUGUGUACAGCGACAGGUACAUCUUUGCUCUGAACAUGUUUGAGCUGGGGUGUAUAAACUCCACUGAGUGGGCUGUCUAUCAGGACUGGCACUCCCUCCUGGUGGAGCAGUUUGGACACCAGGUGGAGCUGGAGGGCAUCAUCUACCUCAGAGCUCCUCCAAAGAAAUGUUUGGAGCGUCUGGAGCGUCGGGGAAGGGCGGAGGAGAAAGGAGUGCAGCUAGAAUAUCUGGAUAAGCUGCACAUUCAACAUGAGAAGUGGCUCGUUGAGAAGAGCACAGAAAUUCAUUUUGAGAAGUUGAAGCAGAUUCCUGUGCUGCAACUCGACGCCAGCGUGGAAUUUCAGAGUGACCCAGAGGUUCGAGAACAAUUCAUAACAAAGGUAAAGAACUUCUUCAACGCUUUAUGAAAGGACAACAAGUUUAAAAGAUGAAACCAAUCAGAGCUCAGACAGUCAAGUGUGUUCUCCUGAAGGAAAUACGUUUCAAAGAUUUUUGAUAAGCCGUAGUAUCCCCAGGACCAUGACCUCAGUCCAUACAUGGACUGACCUUUGACCAAUUUGUUACUUCUAAACUUAUAUGCUUGUUUAUUUGUAUGUUGUGAUGUUCACUGUGUUGUUGAAGUUCUCCAUUCAUCGUAUUUUAAUUUCAUUUGAAAUGGAAAGAACUGUUUCUCUCUCAAACACAACAAUACACCUUUAAAGUGAGUAAAAUGCAGAUAUUAUUGUGAUUUUACAUCCUCUGUAUAUGUUAGGGAACAAAGUUUACUGAGCAAUGUUUUCUACUGUGGAACCAAUGAAAAAGAAGUUUGUAUUGAGAGAUUAUUGUCAUUAAAAAGUGCUUUUU